CGGGCGUGCGAUGGCUCGUGUGGGAGUAGGGAAGGAGAUCAUGCCUGAUUCGUACCAGCAUAUCAAGCAGCGCACAAGAUACUACGCGUUGAACGACGACGAGGGCAACAGUAGCGACGAAGACCUUCUUGGCCCAUCAAGACAUGACGGGGGUUACGCCGCGUGGGCGACGGGCCGAAGGCGGGGGAAGGCCGAGCCGGACAGCCACAACUACGAGCCCGACGAGAGCGAAGUGUGGCGAACGCACCAGGCCCAGCGGCAUUUUAGAGAUCGGGGAAGGUGGUGGACUACGAGCAAGCGGCGGGCGGCGAAGCGGUGGGCGAUGACCCUCAUUGUCGGCGCUCUGACGGGACUGAUCGCCGUAUUCGUCACAUUCUGCACCAAGACCCUCCUUAACGUCAAGUUCACUCCGGUCUACACCGCCCUCCACAUCGCCGGAGGCCCUUCAUGGCGGGCCUUCCUGGUGAUGCUGGGGUUCAACCUGUCGUACGUGACCGUCGCGAACGGGCUGGUGUGGCUCGAGCCGCUGGCCGCCGGUUCCGGGAUCCCCGAGAUCAAGAGCUUCCUCAACGGCAUCGACCUGCCAAGGGUGGUGCGGGUGAAGACCCUUCUGUGCAAGGUGCUGGGGGUCAUGUUCUCGGUCGCGGCCGGGCUCCCGGCGGGAAAGGAAGGGCCCAUGGUGCACUCGGGGUCUGUCGUGGCGGCAGGGAUAUCGCAGGUGAUUUGGCUUCCUCUUCCUGCACGUUUGCGUGGGCCUUUUGCCGUUGUGGCUGUGGUUAUGGGGAUGGGAUGA